AUGGGCGCAACUCCAGCAGAGGUAGAAGAGACUCUGGGAGGACCGAAGCAUGGCCCAGCCAUGGCCACCCUCCGCACCGUAGGGUUCUUCAUCUAUUUCCUCGGCUCCUGCCUCUUCAUCCACUUCUCGCAGCUCCUGGGCGCACCGCUCUACUUCUGCAACAAGGACUACUUCUACGCCUACAUGGCCUGGACGAAGGAGUUCUUCGGUCUCCUCGUAACCACCAUGACGCAAUGGUGGAGUCCCACCGUCAUCCGCUUGAGUGGAGAUAAGAGCAUGAGCGGCCUGAUCAAGCAGCACAAGGACGGCAUGUUGCGGAUGAAGCUCGGAGAGCGAGUGGUGCUUAUGGCGAACCAUCAGAUCUACACGGACUGGCUAUAUAUGUGGUGGAUAGGGUACACCAACUCACCGCCGAUGCAUGGCCACAUCUACAUCAUCCUGAAGGAGAGCUUAAAAUGGGCACCGAUCAUAGGACCGGCGAUGCAGUUCUACGGCUUCAUCUUCAUGGCGCGCAAGUGGUCGAAGGAUCAGGAACGAAUGCGCUACCGGCUGCGCAAGCUUUCCACUAGUAAACACUCGGGUCCGAAGUCUGGUGCGCUCAAGGGCGCAAGCCUGGAUCCGAUGUGGCUGCUCAUCUUUCCGGAGGGCACCAACGUCAGCGCAAACACGCGGAACGGAAGUAAGAAGUACAGCGAGAAGAUGGGCAUCCCUGAUAUGAAGCAUCAGCUCCUCCCGCGCAGCACUGGCUUACAGUUCUGUCUGCAAGAGUGCGCAGACACGGUCGAGUAUCUGUACGACUGCACGAUUGGCUACGAAGGCAUCCCGCAUGGAUUGUACGGUCAAGACGUGUUUACGCUACGCUCCGUAUACUUCCAAGGCCGGCCGCCGAAAAGCGUCAACAUGCAUUGGCGGCGUUUUAAGAUCGCGGAUCUCCCAGUCAACGACCAUGACGCCAUGUCACAGUGGGUGCUGGAUCGGUGGCGGGAGAAGGACGAGCUACUGGAACACUUUUACCAAAACGGCAAGUUCCCGGGUGAUCCGGACGCUGUCGAAAUCGAAGGGGGACCACAGGAGAAGGAGUGGAAGACACCGUACAUAAACACGGAGGUCAAGCCACGAAAUCCGGUCGAGUUCUUGCAGAUGUUUGCGCCGGUUACCGCGGCUGGUUGGUUUGCGUACAGCUUGGUCAAAGCCGUGGAUUGGGUGUUUGGCAAGUGA